GGAAGAGAGAGAAAGUCACCAGAAAAAAUAAUUUUAGAGAUAGAUAGAUAGAGAGAGAGUGUGGUUGUCUUUUUCUCUAGAGAGAGAAACAGCUCGAGCUCGAAGGAAUCUCGGAAAAGAUGGGGCAGAUCGUGAAGAAGAAGAACAAAGGUAGACCUCCCAAGGCAGAUCCCGCCGCGGAGCGCGACCUGCGCCGGAGCCACCGCCGCCGCAGCGUCAAGUACGUCUUCGACCUCGACGACUACUUCGACGAGGACGAGGUCUUCGUCGAUGAGGAUGACCAGCGCCGGAGGGAGAAGAAGCUCGACCUCCUGCUCAAGCUCCAGGAGUCAACUGAUCGGCGCGCCUCCUGCUCCUCCUCCGACGACGGCGCCGGCAAGCCCUCGAAGAAGCGCAAAAUCGACCAGGAAAUGGACGAGGACGCGAAUGAGGAAGAAAAUUAUAACGAUGAAGACGAAGAAGAGGUUAGGGAAACAAGGCGACAUCUCAAAGCAGAGGACUCACCACCAGGGACGCCGCCAUCUGAGCUGCCGCUGCCUGAUAAGAAGGCAUUGGAGUUGAUUUUGGACAAGCUGCAGAGGAAAGAUAUUUAUGGUGUUUAUGCAGAACCGGUUGAUCCGGAAGAGCUUCCAGAUUACUUUGAUGUGAUUGAUCAUCCAAUGGAUUUUGCUACUGUGAGAAACAAUCUGCGAAAUGGAUUGUACGCAACUUUCAAGCAGUUUGAGGAUGAUGUUUUCCUCAUUUGCUCAAAUGCAAUGCAAUAUAAUGCACCGGAUACCAUAUACCACAAACAGGCGCGCACCAUCCAAGAGUUGGCAAAACGGAAAUUUAACAAGAUAAGGCUUAAUUUUGAACGCAAUGAUAAGGAGAACAAACCUGAGCAGAAAGCAAGAUCUGGCUCUCUUUCGAAAAAUCAAAUGAAAAGACCUGUGAUCCGGGCAGGGCAAGAACCGAUUUGCUCUGAUUUUUCAUCAGGAGCUACUCUUGCAACACCGGGCAAUACUCAGAAUGUUGUCGGUGUUGGGUCUGAGAAAGCUGGUGGUGUGGAUGGGCUUAUUGAUGGAAGUUCUUUCUUGAAUGACAACAAUUUGGACAAAGUGGAAGAUUUACUGCCAGGUAGGGCCCUCCUAUCCCGAUUUGGCAGGAGAUCAUCAUUUGUACAAGAAGAAAAUCGCCGUGCAACAUAUAACAUAUCACAAGACGAAAAUCGCCGUGCGACAUAUAAUAUAUCAUUGUCUCAGCCUGUGGCCAGCUCGGCAUCCAUAUUCUCAACAUUUGACGGUGAAACCAAGCAUUUGAUGCCUGUAGGGCUUUAUUCAGAUCAUUCAUAUGCUAGGAGCCUGGCUCGAUUUGCUGCAACUCUUGGAUCCGUCGUUUGGAAAGUGGCUUCUAAAAGAAUCGAACAAGCACUACCUCAGGGAUUCAAAUUUGGUCAGGGUUGGGUCGAGGAGUAUGAGCCACUUCCAACUCCAGUAUUGAUUCUGGAAAAUUGCAGUGUGAAGGAACCACCAUUUUUCACGAAAGUACAGCCUACUGUGGAACCUAGGAACUUUGAGAAGGUUCCUUUAAUCUCGAAUGCUCCCAAGGAAAUUCCAGGUAAUAUACCUUCCUUCGAACAAAAGCUGCUGUUCCUUGGUCCUGCUGGAAUUAGAUCACCUGCUCCUGUUUCUAUGGCUCAACCAAUCAGAGGGAGUAUGUCAGAGACAAAGCUGCCAUUCUUUCUGUCUCCUGGGAUCAGACCUAGUGGUUCCCAUAAUCUCAGUUACGUUAAUCAGAAUUUACAAUCCAGAGAUCUGUUCGAAUCUGACACAAAGGCUCAGAAGAAGGUUGAGUCAAACAGUCCACGGACACCAAGUAGAACUGCCAUUGAUUCAGUUGGCAACAGGCAGUUUCUUAGGAGUUCGGAAGUGGAAGCGUCUCGGGCUGUGGAAUUCUCUCCAAAGAACAUUAGCUUUUCGGAAUCUGGAUCUUUUAAACAGCCCAAUCAUAGUAAUGGAAGAGCCGUCCUUAAUAAGGUGGAUGGUACUGCAGUGAUUAGUUCGUCUGCUGAUUCGACUAAACCGCCUAGCUAUUAUUCCCGCGAACAAGGUCAGGGUCUCAGCGACCCAGUCCAGAUGAUGAGAAUGUUGGCAGAUCACAAUCAACAAAAAUCCUCGACUCAGCCAUCAGGCAAUGCUCAAGUUUUAACAUCACAACCGCCCUUGGGCAGCAAUGGGUGGAAUGGUAAUGAUCCAUAUAAUGCAGCUAUGGCUGCUGCACGUGCGUGGAUGUCUGUGGGGGCAGGAGGGCUAAGGCCAGUCACUGAAAAUGCCAAUCCGAACAAGAACCACAUGUACGGUGAUCCAGCCUACAACCCCCCUAGUAAUAUCCAGUCACCCGUCCGCGGAGAAUUUCCUUCUUCUGGAAUGCAUGUUCGGCCAGACAAGAACAGUGCUCCAAUGCAUGCGUUUGUACCACAAGGGCCGAUACCGAUGCUAGUAGGAAACCAAAUACAGUUUCAGAACCAGCGAAUGAUGUUCCCACAGCUGGCUCCUGCUGACUUGUCUCUGUUCCAGUCGUGGCGCCAUGUGAGCCCGCAAAUGCAUUCAAAACAGAAACAGGAAUCCCUGCCUCCCGACUUGAACAUUGGCUUCCAAUCAUCGGGGUCACCAGGAAGGCCAUCUUCAGGCGUUCUGGUUGAUUCUCAGCAGCCUGAUUUGGCUCUCCAGCUCUGAGUUAUCCGGUUUUUCAGUUUAGGUGUAGGGUAGAUAAGAGAUAGAAAAUGGUGGGAGGCUGCUGGUUUAUAUAUGUAUGAUUUCAUUUUGUGUUAAGAGGGUAUUGAUUUCUAGUGGGAAGCUGCAUUUUUUAGCAGAGAGAAUAAUUUAGUAUUUGCAGCUUCUGACGUUAAUCUGAUUUUUGGCAACUUCCUUUCUCUUGGAGUUGGAGAUGUAUGUUCAAGUUACGGGAUCAACAUUUAUAGGCUUCGCUUCUUCUA